AUGCGCGCCACCACCACCACCACCACCACCACCACCACCACGACACGCCUUGACCUCAUCCACGCGCAGACCGCACAAGCGUACCUCGACCUUGCCCUCUCGUGCAACAUGGCAUCCUCGGCCAUGACGCGCGUCGGCACGCUCACCGGGCCGGGCGCAUAUCCCGGCACAGGCGCGGGUCGGCAGAGAAAGCAAGCCUACGAGAACGACGACGGCGUCGGGUUCAAGGCCAUCCUGCCACGCAGUCUGACCGAGCUGUAUGGCCGCGUGGUGACUAACCGACUCCUCGCGUUCAUCAACCGCCAGUACCGCAGCCUCCAGGACAACCGACACAAAUGGCAAAGGCCAGUAUGA